GCGUGCAGGCUGCGGCUCUAUAAAUACAACCCGAGGCGUUGGUAACAGGAGGAGCGGACUAGACUGAGUGACAGCGAGACGAGAAGACUGAAGUCACUUCUGACGUUUUUUGGUCGGUAGUAAAGGUACCUGUAGGUCUGCCGGGAAAAGGCGGGACUCUGCUCUGCUGUCGAUAAGAUCCGUUUGUCGCUGUCACUCCCGUCAGGGACCGUUAACUCCAAGAUGCCAGCCGGUACUUUAGAAAGAGCAUCUCCAUCCGCUGUGGCUGCUACCCCAGCGAGAGGCGACUCCACGCCAGAAAAACCCCGGACUCUGACAGAAAGUAGAAAGUCUUCCAAACCAAUCAUGGAGAAGCGGAGACGCGCACGCAUCAACGAGAGUCUUGGCCAACUGAAGACACUCAUCCUGGACGCCCUAAAGAAAGACAGCUCCAGACACUCUAAACUGGAGAAGGCAGACAUUCUUGAGAUGACUGUGAAACACCUGAGAAAUUUGCAGAGACUCCAGAUGACUGCUGUGGCAAGCACAGACCCAUCCGUUCUGGGGAAAUACAGAGCCGGGUUCAGUGAGUGUGUAGGAGAGGUCACCCGCUUUCUUUCCACGUGUGAAGGGGUGAACACAGAUGUCAGGACUCGGCUCCUCAGCCACCUUGCAGCUUGUGUAACCCAAAUCAACUCUAUGAACUUCAGUGGAUCUCUUGUAGGUGCCCUGGGACAGGCUGGUGCACAGAUUCCCGCUUUGGCCCAACAGGUGCCCUGCAAAAGCAGCUUGCAGAUGCACGUUUCCCCAGAAGCUGUGGGGAAACUUUAUGGCGGCUUCCAGGUUGUGCCGUCGCCGGAUGGACAGUUUGCUUUUCUCGUUCCCAGUGCAGCUCUGACACCUUUGACUGCUCAAAACAGCCAUCACAUGUCACCUGUCGCACCUGCUGUCACCUCAGACUCUGUGUGGAGACCAUGGUAGGAACAAUGUUUAGAAGAUACCCCCCCCAAAAAACAACAAAACUUCGAGACAUGAAAGAUAUUUUUGUACAUUUUGUAAAUAUUUUACAUAGCCUCCCUGAGAAGUGGAUGUAGAUACAUUUUUGUCUUUUUGAGAUUUUUUUGGCCUCUUGGCUACUUGUAAUUUCUAUUUUUGAUAUGGUACAUUUCACAUGCCUUAAAAGCACUGUAAUUUCUGAGACAAAUAAAAUGUUUUUUAUGAUGUGUAGCCUACAACUUGCUAAUUUGAUACCAUAUCCUUCACACAAAGCAACUUUUACAUCACCCGUGUUCUUUUACUCGAGAUAAGACAUUUUUGCGCUACCCAUAGAAGAUACCACUGUGUGCUCUACUUCAUUUCA